AUCAGAGUUCCGUGUUAUGGUGAUGCUUUGGCAGCAUCCGGGUUGCGAGGGGCAACAGGCUGGUGGGAUUUUGCAGGUGCCAUACAGAAAACAUCAGCCCAGCAUCCCACUGCCCAUGGUCCCUGGCUGGCAUCUUCUGGUAUUGAAUAUGCACAGAGUAAAUGCAUGUUAGUUUAUUAUUGCACACUAUGCAGGAGUAAUUACUGUAUAAGCAGUGUCACACAUAGACUUAUCCUGUAUUUUGUGGUUUGUUUUUGUGUUUUUUGUUGUUGUUGUUGUUGUUGUUGUGCUGUAAGCUCUUUAAUCACUGGCUUAUAUUGCUGUCAGACAAUUUGACCUGGUUUUGAAAGGACCAGUGAUGGAUUUAUACAAAUUUUUUGCAUCUUAUUACUUUAGCAAAUAUUUUCAACAUACAUUUGUUUAUGCAUACAUGUAUAUGUAUGCCUUUUAUGUAUUAUAUAUUUUACUUCUGCAGUGAGCCUUGUGUUUACAUCAUGAUGACAUUUUAGCAUGUUUCUUAUUUAUGCUUGAUUUUUAUAUAGAUUUUUUUUAAUAGCUCAAAUUAAAGACAAUUUAAAUACAGCUUUGAAUAGAUGACAAGAAAUGCAUAGGUGAUGAUGUACUAAGGCAGGGGUAGGCACAACCUUCGGCACUCCAGAUGUUGUGGACUACAUGCCCACUGAUGUUUUGCUGGCAUUAUAGCUGAUGUAGUCCACAAUGUAUGGAGUGCCAAAAUUUACUUACGCCUAUACUAAUGAAUGUUCCCUUUCUGCCUUACAUAGGUUUAUUCACUAAACUGUAUUUAGUGAAUAAACCUGUUGAAGGCAGACAGGGAACAUAAACUGGUUUAUUCACUAAUAAACCAGUUUAUGUUCCCUGUCUGCCAUAAACAGGUUUAUGGUCCUUCCCUGCCACCUUGCAGCCAAAAGUGUGAGCCGUAAAUUUCUACAAUUUUGUCUAAAAUCUUUAAAUCACAUUGCAGUUCACUUGUAAUUUUACAAAGGUUUUGUAGUCCGUGCCAAUUGGGCAAUUAAUUGCAAAAUAAUAAAGAAGUAACUGACUGAUGUAGCCCAACUUGUAUGACUUGAAUAUCAACUGUUUAUAAAUCUGAUUACCCUACGGUACAUGUAUCUUGAAAUGUAAUUCCCUAAAAUACAGAGUUUAGUUCAUAUCUGAAACAAUCACAUACUGAUUCAAUAGGAAUCAGUAUCAGACUUGCAAACUAAGCUCUAGUCAUAGUUUGACUAUCUUAGCCUGAAAUUUGCCAUUCUGAUUUAAUUCACUGAACUUCUGAAUUUACAGGGUUAUCUACUAACAUGAUGAUUAAAAUUGAAUUUCACAUUUAAGGUUCAGUAUAACCAAAAUGGAAAAAAAAAUGUAAGUUAGCUAUAUUUUCAGUUUGGCUACUCUGGCUUUAAAUUUGAAAUUCACUUUGAAUUCUCAUUUUAAUGAAUAAUCCUAUCCGUGAAUGAUCAUGAAAGUGUGUAUUUUCUGAAGCUAUGAGAGUAAAACUAGUCAUGUUCUAAGUCUUACACACACUACAUGGAUUUUUAUUCAGGUAUAUUUCUUCUAAGUGAAUUAAAUUUAAUGGGAGACUCUAGGAACCAUAACCACUACAGCGUAUUGCAGUGUUAUGGUACUAAGAGUCUUUGGGUGCAGACAUUCUGCUUUUUUGUAAAAAAAAAACAAAAAAAAAAAAACAAUUUUUAGGGGGGAGGGGGGCAAAACAAAACCAUAAUUUGCUCUGGCACCCAAACCCAUACCAUCUUCUCGUGCCAAUGUGGAAUUGUCACUUCUGUACCAUCCAAAAUUGGACAGCACGUGUAGUCUGCAAACAGGAUGGGAGUGGGUAAAACAAGCAAUGGAUCAUAGAAUCUUUGAGGUCCAAGUUCUGAGAUACAUAAAUAUGUAAAUUUUGCCCAAUUUAUUUUUGUAGAUUUUCCUCGUUUGUUUUUUUUUUUUUUUUUUUUACUGUGGAAGAGGAUGUUGCAAUGUGUAAUGAGACUUCACAAACUGGUUAAACAGUUUACCUCAGCGCACACCUAUUACCCGUCCUACAUCCGUAUGGGCUGUAAAAUUUUGGCUGCAUCUAAUUCUACAAUGCCAUGCUGGAUCGAUAAUAAUGACACGUUUAAUUACUAAAGGUACAUUUAGCUAACUCAAUUCCAACUACUUUCAUGGGGCUAGAUGUUGUUUUUCUCAGAUUAAUGGACCACCACAAUCACCACAUCACUCUUUAGAAGUUAUUGUACCAGGAAUGUCCUGGUGCUCCCCCUCCCCACACCACCAAUACUAACAUUUUGCAGGGUGCUCUUCCCUGCCACUGGUUAGAAAAGCUAAAUAUGAUCUAAAAUAGCUGAAUGGAAAUCCAUUAAUUCUUGUUUUUACAGUUCUACAAUUUUGUCCAAAAUGUUUAAAUCACAUUGCAGCUCACUUGUGAUUUUACAAAGUUCUUUUUAUUCAAUUAAUAGUCUCCCCACUUGUAGAAAUUUGGCAACUGAUUGAAAAAUAAUAAAGUAACUGACUGACGUAGCCCAAGUUUUAACUACUUAGAAUUUUGAUUACCCUGUGGUAUGUCAGAAAUUAUAAAAAAAUGUAGUUUGCUACGUUUGUAAUAUGAUUGUGUAUUUUCUUAUUUAACAUUGAGCACCAUGUAUCACAUCACGUUAUAUGUAUCCUCGUUUUGAGUACUAGAAAACAAAAUAAAGCAUUGCAUGUUGUUACUCAACCUCUGACGAUAAAUGGGUUAAAGAUGUAAAUUAGCUGGUACUUGUAAAAUUUGAAUACUGUCAUACGGUUUGUUUUGUGGUCUGACUUUCUGAAAAGGUAAUUGUGUGGCUUUCAUAAUGUCUCAAUGUGUUUGUUUAUUUUCAGAUAAAUACUGAACAUGAUGGUGAACUUAGGAAUCCACCGGCCAGCCCUGGCCUAUUCUAUGACCACAUUAGGUGCUGGAAUGAUGAACCAUAUAUUUAAUUUCUAUUACGUCAAGCUGUUUCUCAACCAAUACAAGAUAACCGAAGGGGCUUUUAACCAAGCACAGGUACUGUAAGAUAUUUAUAAAAGAAUCAUACAAAUUAACACUGAGGCCAUAAGAGUAGCGAAUCUGCAAAAUGUUAAAGGGCAUCUGCCAUGGUGCAUAUGAUGUAUUCUUAAAUUAAAGAGCAUUAUAUUUCAUGCAUAUAUUGUGCUACCUAAAUUCUAGCAAAUACAUAGAUUUUCUUAAUGCUCUCUUGAUGCCAUCUGCAGAGAGGUCUAAGGAGGAUUUACUGACAUUGAGAGCGGGAGAACCCUCUUACAGUGUUCUCCUGGUCCUCCAGGAAGUGUUUCUCCUGCUUGCAAAAAGAGUAUAGGACAUAAAGCCACAAUGAUGGUGUCAUUAGGGAGGAUCUCCCUACUUGGGGAGAUGUUGUAGCAGUGCCAAUCGCAGGAGGGUAAGAGUAAGUUUCGCAACAGAACACCUGUGGACCUCUGAAAAUGGUGGCACUUAACUGAGGGGCAAAAGGUAGGUAUAACUAUAGCAUCUCCCAAAGCCAAUACAUUUAUAAUUUAUCUUUAUGAUAACUUUAAUAUUGGUUAAAGUUUUACCUGAGAUGACAAGUUUAAUUUUAAAGGAUCAAUUAUAUACAGCAGGUGUCUUCUGUUCUUACUCUUGUCUAUUAAAGCACAAUGGGGGAAAAUGCCAAUGCAAUUAAACUAUUCUGCUAAUUCACAUGGGGAUUUGGUGAGCUGAAAACUGAAUUUCAAAAUGCAGGUCACAGUAGAGGGGAAACAAAAUCUCCAACUUAGCUUGAAUGUUAAAAAGCUAGUGAUCGGUUAACUUUUAGGGCAUAUUGUAAUUUAUCUCUAAAAGUAGUGUUCUCCAGUUGAUUUAUUAAUUGACUUUUCAAUACUUUUUUUUAGGUCGUGUUUAUGAUCUGGAAUGCCGUAAAUGACCCCUUGUUUGGAUACAUCCAAGACAACUCCAAAGUGCCAUGGUGUUCUAAACGUCGACAAUCUAUUUUGUAUGGUGCUCCAUUCUAUGCUCUUGCCUUCCUGCUUCCCUGGUUUCCUUGGACAAACUACAAAGAAGGUGAUUGGCUAAGUGGCAUGCAUCUUAUGAUUGCACUGUGCGUGUUUGAUGGCAUGUUGACUUUUGUUCUGCUAGCCCAGUGUGCACUGUUUGCAGAGAUUUCAACCAGGCACGAAAGUCGUCUUCAGCUCAUUAAAUAUAACCAGGUGGCAUCACUGCUGGGCUCCUCAAGUAUCCUCUUUUGUGGACUGGUAUCUGAUAACAUGGAAAAGUUCUCGAACUUUCAAACAUUUACAGUGUUGGUGGCUGUAUUGUCAACAGCAUGCAUGUGUUACACAGGUAUUUUUGGCAUCAGCCAGUACGAGCAAAAGGAGAGCUCUUUGGAGAGGUAUAAAUCAGAUGGUUCUCUCUCUUGGUCCUCUGUCUUCACACUCACCAAACAAAUCUUAACUCAAAAGAACUUUAUCAUAUUUGUGUCUAUGAACUUCUUUCAAGUCUUGCAUGCUACGUUCUGCAGUAACUUCAUGAUGAUUUUCGCUGAUAACCUCAUUCCAAAGGAUACGCUCCCUUCCUUCGUAAGAAGCAUCAUGUAUGGAGCUGGCUUCAUGUUUCCUCAGGUACCCUCAGUUUCAUUUAAUAUAUACCAUUUAUAGAAUGCAAUCCAACAGGAUUAACUCCUCUUUAGAAUAGCAGAAGGAACACUGGAGUAGUGUAGCUUUUAAUGUGGAAGGUAUAUUUGUAUGCUGUACUGUUAAGAUGUCUUCCUGUUAGAACUAAGGAGCCCUAGUCAUAAUUACUCCUCUGAAGAACUUUGAAGUUGGCACUGUAAGUCAUGGAUCGGAUUUGCCAAUUUUAUUUGUCUGUUGGACUACCAGAUGCAGAUAAAGUGCUACAUCACUCUAGGGCAGUGGCUUUCAACCAGUGAGCCACAGCAAAGUGGUGUGCCCAAGACACUUCAAAGUCUGACACAAACACAAUGGCUUUAGAGCUUUAGUCUUCAACUCAGUGCACUCAGCCAAUGAGCGAAGUCCUGCACUGCGGGGCUUAGCUCAGGCAGAGAGCUUCCAGUUCUAGAAGAACAUUUUGACUGCUUACAUUGGGGCAUUGGAGGGGGUAGCAUGGAGGGGGCAACAGGGCACUGCUGGUACCAUAGCCAUUACAGCGCACUGCAGUUGUUAUGGUGCUUGGCAGGUUCCUUUGCUCCCUCGCAAACAUUAUUUCAAGUUGAGUUAACAUGUCAACAAUUCCUUGUAGCUCAUCUGUUAAAGCUCUGCUUUCUGUCUGUAGUUUGUCUUGUUGACACCAGCUUGGCAUACUUUGCUUUUGAAUGCGAACAGUGGCUAGCAUCACUUUUCUUUUCCAACCUCUUCAUUGCUUUUCAUACCUUUAUUUUUUUUCAUUCUUUUUCUUUUUAAAACUACACCGAAUUUAGAGCUCUCAGACCGAAUUCUCUCUUUAUUGAUAUGCUGUGCCAGGUUGAGCUGUGACAGGUUAGUUUAAGCAGAUGUCCAGAGAAGUUGGUAACCAUGUAAUCUGCCAUGCUGUAUAUCUUUUUUGCAUAAUUCUUGAUGAACAGUGAUGCUCUAUUUUCUGAUAUUCAUGAGAAUACAUGGCCAAAAUAAGUGGGAAAAUGUCCAGAAUAUCUAUUUCUCACCAUUUAUUUCCACUUAUGGUGUUUUUAUUUUACUAUAAUACACUGUUCAAUAAACAUUUUUCAAUGUCACAGUUAAUGCUUUUUAAAACCCUCCAUUUUUCAUAAAGAUUCCUCUUUUAACUGUUUCCACAUGGGAAAUGAUCACAUUACAUGGAACACAGUUUGACACAUCUUGAUGUAUGUUAGAAGCGGCUACGAUUUAACAUAGUAUUUGGCAAUGGCAAAAAAUAGGUAGGGAGAUUUCUCUCUCUAAGUGGGGUCCUGCAAAAAAAUGCAUUGUGCAAGCAAGCAGCAUUUUAUUGUGGCCUGUCACGGGCAAUAUCCCAAAGGGGGUUAUAUGGUCAAUCUUGCAGAAACCGAGUUAGUCAAAGGAAAGUGCUUAACAGCGGUAAGACACAUGAAUAAUUAAUUAAAUAAAAGGUUUGUUUGCUUAAUGUGGAAUCGAAAACGGAGUUGCACAAUUUAGAUCAGAAUAGCUGAUCUAGAGGAUAUCUCCCAAAUCAGCCUGUUUUCAGCUGUACUAUCUUGCCAUAUUUUCAGUGGUAUUCAAUAGACUGUUUAGUAAAUAUACCACAUUCUAUCUGUAACUGGGAACCUAUUUCUCCUACAGUACUUGUACACAAUAUAAUUGCUUCGAUAAUCACUAUAUUUUAGCAAGCAAGGCAGGAGACUGGUUGUACAGCUGGUCUUUAUUUUAAAUCGAUCAUUACUUUGAUUUAUUUUUUUCUUCCUUAAUUUGUUUUGCAACUGAAAACAUAAACAAGUACAUACUAUUUUUAAGGGCUACUGGUAUACAUUUAAAGAGACAGCAGUGUUUUUGUUUUGUUUUUUAAGUGGUAUGAAGAUAACUUUUUUUUAGGAAAUAAUCAUUUUGAUUGUGUUGAAAUUUGAUUAAAAUUGUACCGCAAUUUAUAAAUAUCAUAAGAUAAAGUAGGGACUAUUAUGUCUUAUGGCCCUUGACGACCAUGGCAAAAUAUGACAAAAAGCAUGUCCAGCAGUCGUCACUAGCAGCAGCUGAGGAAAGAUGCAAAUUCUUGUCAAUUGCAUUAAGUAGUUCUUUGGAUUAGCUCUCUCAAGUCUGUGCAAUCUUCCAUAGGCCUCUGUUUUGUAGUCUUGUGCAUGCGCAAGAGUACAAUAGUGAUGGCUCCUAGCAGAUGAAGCACCAGAAGAAGGUUCCCAUAAUAAAGAUGGCAGUGCUUGCAAGGGAGAGCUACAGGUAAAUACGUCUCCUGUUCGUUUCUAUCCUAGUUACCAAACAUCCAGUGGGUAUGUCACCUUUACAAUAUCAUGACAUGAAGGGGGUGCUGCCUUGAGACAGCACUAUCCCUUUAAAUGUGGGAACCAAUUUAUCAAAGACACAAUGAAUAGAGUAAAUCAAGAAAUAUAUAUUAAAGGGAACCAAAGGACAAAAGAUAACAAAACAACAUGUAAUAAAUAUAUACAAUGCCACAGAAUAUAUACAAUAAAUCAGGAUUGCCACAAAUUGGGCAGGCAGAGUACACUUAGUCCUUUGGUAUAAAAAUGUAUUUGGGCAGGAUUGUGCAGCCACCACAGAAACAGGUGGGACACAGAUCCAGAGUCACAAAAGAAAUAUGACACCAGGAAGCAAAGCCCGAAGCAGGACAAACGAACAAGGCUGCAGGAUCAGGAUCACUGGUAAUAAGGAAAUGGCAGGAACACUGAAUCAGAACACAGGAUUGGGAGGCACAGGAACCGGAGGACAUGGCACCACAGGAACAGGAGGACACAGGAACAUCGGACCAGGAGGACACGCGAACAGAGGAUCAGGAAAUGCAGGACACAGGAUCAAGGAGCGAAGAGUCAGAAUCUCAGGAACCAAGAAACAAGAGACAAUGAUCUGACAAGGAGUGAGGGGAGAAACCAGACUAUAUAGGUGCUAAACAAGGACCAAGUGAAGUGCUAAUGAAAAGAAAUUAGGAACAGUGUCAAACAGUGAUCGUGGUGAGUGUGGGUACUGCACGAGGGCAAAUCAACUAAGAUGACAUGCAAGACCUCCGAACUAACAGAGCUGCUUUUGUGUCUAUAUAAUAAAAGAACGUUUUGAAACAUUCCAAUAGUAUAUUUAAAGUCACGAAACUUGCCUAUAUUUGCUUGCAUUGUCACAUUUUGUGGCAGACUCUGGCCUGCCAUUAGUGUGUCUUCAUCUGUGAACACCCCCAUUUGAAUUACAGCUGUAUUUUGAUUGUCUGAAUUCUCUAAGCAGCAAUUCCGAAUAUAACUUUGAUUCUAUAUGGGCUCCUAUCUCACAUUGCAACCCUCGUCUAAAAUACAGAGCUCUUUGCAGCAUUAAAAUCAGUGACUGUUACUUGUUUCAGGCUUAUUUACCCUUGAAAGAAAAAGUAUAGUAUAGGUAUUCCUCUGCAUUUUGUUCUACCUUUUGACGCUUUGCCGCACUAUUGUUUGUGCUGGUAUAAAAGAUAAUAAAUAAAAUGAAAUUAAUGUCUUCAUAAAUUCUUUUUUUGCAGUUACUUGUGCUAAUAAGUCAUUCGAUGUUGACGAAGAUUGGCUACUAUAAAGUGAUAAUGUAUGCAUUCUACAUAGAGGUGUUUGCAUCAGUCUUUAUGCUUAUAAUGGGACCUCAACGUUAUUAUGUCCUGGCUAUAUUUCUCACCACUAACAUGUAAGUAAAAUGCUACUUCUCAUUUCUUUUGAAAGAAUCUCACUUUUUCCUUUAUUUCUAAUUAUUGUUUUGUUUCCCACUGAUCUAAUAGCCACAUUCCAAAGAAUCCAAUGUUCGUGUACUCCUAAUUUUAAUUUCCAUAUUCCAUAUCUGUACCUAGCAAGAGAUAUAAAGUGCUUCUGACUUAUUAUGGAACAAUUAUGUUCACCCUCUGUGAAUUCUGUGACUAUGCCUAUUACACAUUGUGGCGAAACCGGCCUCGCCACGUGUCCUUGGAGGGGGCUGCUGCCCGCCUCUUGCCUUUGGACUAUGGACCAGACUUUAUGUGAAUGUAUUAACCCAGAUAGCUAUGCCAUGGAGCCCAUUCGUGUAGUUAAAGACUUCGGCUCCAUGGCAAUUGAACUGUGUGAAUAGGAUCUGAGCGCUAUUCGGUAGUUUUGUGCGCUCAGAUCCCAGCUAUCUGAGGAUAUGUGACAUGUCUGUGUUUUAUGUAUAAAAUGUGACUUUGUGUAUUUUAUAAUAUUUUAAUGCUUUGUGCUCACCAUGUGCAUAAUGGAGUCUUGUGUCUGUCCUGGGAGAUAAUUGAAUUACUUCUCAAUUCAAUCUCCAGGAUAGAAGACUCUGAAACUGGUUUGGGCCGGAAAGCCAUGCUUCAUUUAGUCACAAAGGACUUUCCCUUAACUUUUGAACCCCUGGUCUGAUUCGUGCCAUUUUUUAAUAUGUUGUUCCCCUGAAUGGAUUGAUUAUGAAAAUGUAUGUUUUAUGUUUGUGACAUGUAUAUUUUAGAAGUUAUAAAUAUUGUGUAAAAACUGUAUUCCUCUGCCGGUGAUAAUGAGAUUACCCAUUGUGUUCAGUAAUCAUAUCACAGGCAGAGGGGAGGAUUUUGUGUGGGAGUGUCUGGGUGUAUUGUACGGAUUGAUUGGUUGUUUUGUAACGCCCUGUGGGCUGUACUAUGUUUGUGGAUUGGAAAUAAAAGAGACUGUAUGUGACAGUACAGGGAGUUCCUGUUUUAACCCUCAAAGUGAAGUGUCGUCUCAUUAUUGGGGGAAGGAUUUAUUGUAUGCUGUUCCAGUUUUUUUUUUUUUUUUCAAUUUGACAAUUUUUAUUUUGUCAGAACUUGGGGUACAGAAAAAAGAAGGGGGGGUUAGAAGGGAAAGGAUAAGCACAAAAUACUGGCAUGAUAUGGUAUGCAGUACAUAGAUACAUCAGUACAAGGAUACAAUACGUAAUUGCAAUGCAUAAGUACAUAAUUACAGUGUAUAAAUACAGUACUCCCAUUUCCUCUACGUGUGACCUAUGGGGUCCUGCCCCUGCUUGUCUUAUUGCUAUAGUUUGGGUAAGUUGUCCCUGUUAGAGUUCCCCUAGGUGGGAGUUGUGGCCUGGUGUCCCUUGGUGUACAUAAUGUAAAGCAAUCCUACUGAGCCCGAGGGCCUUUCCUUCGCGUAGCGCCUCAUAAGGGUGAAAAAAGGGGGGGGUGGUGUGGGGAGUAGUGAGGUCUGACACCUUUCUUCCCAUCAGUUUUCGUGGAUAUAUCAAUCCACUCUUGACUUCAAUACUUAAGGGUUUUAUGAGUUGUUGGUUACUAGCACAUGUGCAUUGGGUGUCGUGUGCCCUCUAAUGUAGUGAGGUGGUGGGGCUACCGGAGCUGUACAUCCUAUGGGUUGUGUACCCGUAGGUUAAGUUAUAGGCCUAAUUAUGUUGGGUGUUUUAACUCCCAGUUUUCCCAUACUUCCCUUUUCCAGCUGUUUCCUGGUGACAUUCUUGAGAUAUUGGAUUCGUACUUUCCUACUUGAGAUACAUGUUUAAUAAUAUCUUGUGUUGCUGCAUUAUUGGGCGAUAGCCAGUUUUUUGCUACUAGUUGUUGAGCUGCUACUAGUAUGUGAAAUAUUAAGUAUCGUACAGGUUUAGGGUAGGUGGUGCCUAGCAUAAAGAGAAGUAGAGAGGUAGGGGUGUUUGGUAUGUUCACUGAUGUGUGACGGUGUAUCAAUGAGAUGACUGCUUUCCAAUAUGGUUGAAGUUUGGAGCAUUUCCACCAAACAUGGAGAAAUGAUCCUAUUUCGGUUUUGCAUCGCCAGCAGGUGUUGGGUAGUGUUGGGUCUAUUGUGGCCAAUCUCGUAGGGACCAUGUACCAGCGGUAAAGGAUCUUGCGGGUUGUUUCUAGGUGAGAUGCACACUGUGUUAGGCCUUUCGUUAUAUUUAUCGUGGCCAUCCAAAUUUUCUCCGGUAUUGACUGGUUUAGGUCUUUUUCCCAGGAAAGUACGAAGGGGAGAGUUUUAACCUCACGUCUAGAUAACAGCAGGGCAUAUGUGGUGGAUAUGGGUUUUUUAAUCUGUUUACCCGCCAUGAAAAGUUUCUCAAACUCUGUUAACUCAGGGGUGGUUUGGGGCUUGAAAGUUUGUAUUUUGGAUUUCCACCAAGAUGUUAAUUGCAUAUAUGAGUGGUACGCCGUGUUGGGUAACGUGUAGGUCUCUUUCAUGUGAUCAAAUGUAUCUAAUUUCCCCUUGUUGAAGAGAGAAUGUAGGUGAAGUACACCACAUCUGUUCCAGACCCUGUAGUUAAAAUCUGGUAUUUCCCAAGCUAGAGCUUUGAUAGGGGUAGAGAGGGCAAUCGGAUAAUUGCUACAUAGAAAUUUACGCGAUGCGUCCCAUAUUUUCAGCAUUGCUAGGGUGGUUGGGAGUACCUGUGUUGUGUUUCCUCUGUUCUUCGGGGAUAGCCAUAUUAAUGCGUCUAUUUCUUGGUUUUGUAGCCAAUGUUGUUCUAGCUGCACCCAUUGUGGCCUGUCCCGCUCCUGGGCGGCGGGGAAGAGGCUAGCCAGCACUGCUGCUCUGUGAUACAAUUGUAUAUUGGGUAGACUCAUUCCUCCCCUGUUCCUAGGUUGGUAUAGUGUGGUUAUGGCUAUUCUGGGUCGUUUCCCCUGCCAAAUGAAAAAAUUAAUCUGUUUCUGAAGUGCCAUGAAAUAAGCCCUUGGUAUUUGUAGAGUGAGUGUUCUAAACAGAUAUUGUAGUUUGGGCAAAAUUACCAUUUUGACCGCUGCUAUGCGCCCUGACCAUGAGAUAAAUUUAUUUCCCCAGUUGUGAAGCAAAGCAGUGAUCUCCUUGCUGAGUUUAACGUAGUUUAUGUUAUAUAGGUUGGACAAGUUAUGUGGGAGCUUUACCCCUAGGAAAGUCAGAUGGUCAUCCCUCCAGUCAUAGGAGAAUUGUUUCUUUAAUGCCGACAAGUACGCACUGUCCAUACCCACUCCCAUGGCUUGUGUUUUGGAAAGGUUUAAUUUAUAAUAUGAACAUUUGCUAUAUUCCUGUAAUAUGGCGUGGAAUUUUGGCAGGGAUGUGUGUGGUUCAGUGAUUGUGAGCAGAACAUCAUCCGCGAAAAGGUUCAGUUUGUGCUCGCUAUCUCCCACCCUAAUCCCUUUGAUCUCCUUCUCCAUGCGGAUAGCCUCGGCCAAGGGUUCUAGGGCCAUGAUAUAUAGGAGGGGCGAUAGGGGGCACCCUUGCCUAGAGCCAUUAGUAAUAGUGAAGGGUGCGGAUUGAAAUCUCGAGGUGAAAACUAGCUUCGGGGUUGCUAUACAGGGAUUUGACUAUUGAGAUAAAGUGCAUGGGGAAAUCAAAUUUGGCCAGGACCGCCCGCAAGAAUGACCAAUGCAGGCGGUCGAAGGCUUUUUCUGCAUCAAGGGAUAAUAAGAGACUUUGAGGAGAUUGUCUGUGCAUAGUGUGUAGUAGUGCAAGGGCUUUGCGUGUUCCAUCUGUCCCCUGCCUUCCAUGUACGAAGCCGACUUGGUCAGAGUGGAUGAUGUGUGGGAUUAUGUUUGACAUGCGGUUAGCGUAUACUUUAGCAAGGAUUUUAACAUCAGAGUUGAGUAGCGAAAUUGGUCGAAAGUUAGCACAUUGGGUUGGUGGUUUUCCUGGUUUGGGUAAUGUGGCCACAUUAGCCGCGAGCAUGUCUGCUGGGAUGGAUUCUAGUGUAGUGGUGGAUGUGAAGAGCGACACUAACCUGGGGACCAGAGUGGAGGAGAAUUUCUUAUAAUACAAAUUUGGUAGGCCAUCUGGACCUGGGGCUUUGUUAUGUGGCAAGUUUUGUAUUACUGUUUCCAGUUCCAAUUGGGAGAUGGGUUUAGAUAAAGAGGAUCGUUGCUCGUCUGUCAAUUUGGGCAGAUUAAUUUUGUCCAAAAAACUAGCUAUUUCCCCUUCUGUGGGUUGAUGCACAGUAGGGUCAUUUUUGAGGUUAUAGAGUUUCCCAUAAAACUCUGCAAAAUGGUUACUGAUGUCUUGGGGUUUGAUGAUUUUUUCCCCAUUUCGAGAAAAGAGGUGGGAUAUUUUGGUGUGGGCCUGAGCGUCUCGGAGUCUACUUGCUAAAAGCGAGCCCGCUUUGUUGCCCAUGCAGUAUUCUCUCGUUUUCAGCCUAUGUAGGGUACGUGUCGUUUUGGCUAUGUUAAUGUCAUACAGUUCCGAUUGGAGCCGUGUUAUAAGUUCCGCAUCUUGUGGGUUUGGAUUAACCAUGUGAGCUGCGGAAGCAUCUCUCAAUUUCCUAAGGAGGUGUAGGGAGUUAGCCUGGGAGAUCUUUUUGAGGUGCGAGGCACGCCUUAUGAACAGGCCCCUUACUACAGCCUUAUAGGCCCUCCAUACUGUCGUGGGACUCGUUUCUGGUAUGUCGUUAGUGGAGAAAUAGUGUGUGAGUUCGGUUUCUAUCUCUAACUUAAACUGUUCAUCCUGUAAAAGCGAUUCAUUUAAUCUCCAGGGGUUACAACCUCGGUAUCUAAAAUCAUCUUUUAAAGUUGCUAUCACAGGUGCGUGGUCAGACCACAGGAUAUCCCCCAUAACACAUGAUUGGAUUAGGUUAAGUGAAGGGCCUGGUACGAGUAACACAUCUAUUCUGGAGAAUGACUUGUGUGGUUUAGAGUAGUAAGAGUAUCCUCUCUCUGAAGGAUGGAAGGUUCGCCAACUAUCAUAUAAAUUGAACUUGAGCAAUAACUGUGUCAGGUUUUUGCAAUGCGGUUUGAGGGAUUUGUGUCUAGAGGCUUGUGGAGGCGUAGAAGUAUCAAGAAGGGGGUCUAAGACGUGGUUUAUGUCUCCACAUAUCACUGUGGUUCCUCUUUGUACCUUCGCCACUUUCGUGAGGAUACUAAACAGAAAAUUACGUUGGUUUUCAUUUGGUGCAUACACGUUUACUAUUGUGUAGACUGCAUCGUUCAAUAAGCAGAUAACUAUCAGAUACCUUCCCUUGUCAUCUGAGAAUCUCUGUAGCAGUUCAAAGGCAACGGAGUUGUGGAUGUAUAUGGACACUCCUCUGGAUUUGGAUAAGUGGGAUGAAUGGAACUGGUGGGGGAAGUGUUUCAUGCCAAAGUGGGGCGUAUUAGCCUUGGCGAAGUGGGUCUCUUGGAGACAGAGUAUGUCUGCCUUCAGCUUGCGGGCCUCUUGGAGUAACAUGUGCCUUUUAUGGGGCAUAUUUAGUCCCCUCACAUUGUGGGAAUAGAUCUUCAGAGGGAGUUGCGAGUGAGCUUGUUAGGUAAGCAAGUGAGUGCCUUAUUUGGGUGCAAGUAUCCCAUUAUACAUAGGUUAAGGAGAGGAUGAGAUGAAGUACCUAGGUAUGCCAUGCUUGUGGCAAGUUUUUGGGUGCUCAACUUUGUGCCUGGGAAUAUAACUGGGUAAGUAGGGGGGUGGUGGUGGGUAGGGUAACAAACAUCGAACAAAAGUAUAUACAGAUGAAACCGAUCUCGGUGCAAGGCGCGCCUGUGCUGCGCCGUGGGGGGCAUGGGAUCGGAGUGGUGGACAAUCGUGGCCUGAGCUGGCUAAAUGUUAAAGUGCUGCUCAGACAACUUAUAACACCAAUCGACAGGGCCCCUUGUUUCAAAACCACAAGGGGUUCCAGAAUGAGCACUCUUUUCUAUGUAGCGGGAGUAGAUGUAUUGUCCCCGCAGGGUGACAUUUUCUUGUAGAGAGGGGGGGGGGGAAAUUAGUGCUGUGACCGGUGCCGCAUGGGCAGAAUUGACUAGUACGGUAAGAGACCAGGGAUUCACUACAGUGCUUUCCGUGUGUGCAUAAGGUUUAAAGUCACAUUAAUGCAUGCGACUUGGUCUGGGAGGUUCACCUAUGGAGCGGAUGUCAAUAGAUGGCAGAAUGGGUAGAUAAUGUGUCCGCCUCAUUAGCUUGGGAGUGUGGAGGGCUUUAGUGUCUGUGUUCGGCCCUUAUGUAGUUCCCACUGUAAGACACCAUUCACAUACAAUUUCCAUAUCAUUAUUAGUGCUCGGGUUGAGCUUCGCUUCGACUCUGUUCCAACAACCCCUAUUUCAAACACAACCAUGCAAUGUGGCGAUUGUACAUAAGUAUAUAUCUUGAACACAUGGGUUGCGCACCGAAGGAUCAGAUGGCUACUAAGUUUCAUCUAACCCUGGUUGUCGGCUUAAUAUUGUGUAUACUAUAUCAGAUCUACAGAGACAUAACUCCGCACUCCGUCCAAUCCUCAUGUGGGUUUACCCUGGAGCGCUGCCUAAAGCUCAGUCCAUGCUUUUUGGAGAUUGUGUACUGGCAGAAGGCUGGUUACCAGCGUUUUGUAUAGGCGUUGUGCGGGUUAAUCUAAUUUACAGCUUUUCACAUAAAAAUCAAUCAGUCUAUUGUCUCAUGUUCCAGCUCCCUGCUGAGGGGGGGUUGGAGGCCCCUACUUGGUGCCAGACACUAAUCUAGCGUUCCCACAAAAUUGCAACAUGUCGUGGCUCAUCACUUUAGUAAUCGAUGUGCCAGUCCUAGCUUAGCUAUGCUUACGGGUUGUACGUGAGUCAUAUGUACCUUCCUUGAUUGAUGUGUGUGGUUAAUAGCGAUGCCCACGUGUUAAACUAUGUGAACCUCCUGAACGCUGACGGUACAGCACCCUAUACCGGCCAUAUUUUCUAUUAUGCUUCUGCGGCACCUUGUCAAGCCCACAUUGAGUUUUUAAGUUAUAUAGGGCAUAUGCUAUACUGCUCUGCCAAACACUUAUACAUAACAAUUACAGUACAGUUAUACAUGAAUAAUUACAGUGCAUGUCAUUAUGGUAUUGUCAGCUUAUAGCAUCCAUCGCACGGAUGCUGUUAGGUAGGAUGGUUGUUAAAUGGGUUGUAAUUGAAAUACAGUCAUAUACCGCCGGAGCGGGGAUACUUGCGGUAAGUUGUUAGUUGGUAGUAUGCCAGUCUUUCUCCACUUGGCGCGGGCCCUUGGGAGCUUGAGAGUCCCCUACCACGGGUAAGUUCCAUUGUCUUAGGAGGUCCAGCCCUUCUUCCACCGUGUGGAUGGUCGUGGUUGUCCCGUUUCUUGAGGCAAUGAGGCGAACCGGGAAACCCCAGCGGUACAGAAUGUGGUUGGCUCGGAGGGUCUCCGUUACCCGCUGGAAGGUCUUGCGUUGUCUCAGGGUGGCCGCGGAAAGGUCAGAAAACAUCUUGAUCGCGGCAUAUUCCAUCGGUAAGUCUUUCGCCGUCCUGCUCCUCCGCAUUAAUAGAUCCUUCACGUGGAAAUAGUGGGCUUUCAGCAAAACAUCCCUGGGUAGUGAAGCCGCUAUUUGUUGGGGUUUCGGGAUUCUGUGUAGGCGGUCUAAUAGCAACAUGUCCGUGUGGACCUCAGGGGCCAGAGCUUUGAAAAGGCCGUGCACGUAGCUGGGAAGGUCUGCUUGGAGAAUAGUCUCCGGUAUGCCCCUCAGUCUAAUGUUGCUUCUCCUUGAUCUGUCCUCAAGGUCCAUAAUCUUGGUUUCGCAGUGCUGCAAUUGGGAUGAGAGGGAUUUGAUUUGUUCAGUCGAUGCAUUAUGUGCGUCAAUUAAGUCCUCCAUUUUGGUCUCCACGUGCGUUGUGCGGGAGCCGAUAUCUUGUAUGUCGCGUUUUAAUUCUGCAACGCUUGAUUGCCAAAUUGAAAUUAAUCGUUGCGAUUGUUCUUCUAGGGCUUGUUUCAGUGUUGUUAUGGUAAGCAGCCCACCAUUUUGUGGUGAAUCGGCUUCCGAACCAGGGCUGCUGCCUCCUGAAUGUUCAGCGCCAUCUUGUUGCUCCGCGGCCGCGGAUUGUAUAGCUAGGGCUGCCACCUUUUUUUUGCGAGAAAAAGUUGGUUUUGUCGAGCUUGUCUUGUUGUCGCCGGGAUUUGGGUUGCGACAUCUCGCUUUCGGCUCGAGUUACCCCGCUGGGUGCUCCCUUAUUCUUAGUUUCGCCUAGCUCGUGGUGCAGAGCUAAAGACUCAAGCGGCCAUCUUUCUCCGCGUCCAGCCACGCCCCCCAUGCUGUUCCAGUUUGACUGCUAGGAGAGUAAACCUAUUCGUAUGGUUCCUAUUCAACUGUCUACAGCAUUCAAAUGCUUGGGAGAAUUUAUUUGUUUCUCCGGUUCGGUGAUUGUGGUGUCUGCCAGAGUGCUUGGAGUCCUCAGGAAGCGCUAGGAGCAUCCUUUAACGGAGGUACCCAGUCGGGGUGCCAGGCGAUCCGUUACACACAUGUUCUUUUCAUAUUGUUCCAUAAUCUGCUAACACUAAGGAUAGAACAUAUCACCGUUAUAAUAACCAAAGACACUUCACACUGAGAUUCAUAGUAAAGGAACACUACAGUGCUAGGAAAACAUACUCGUUUUCCUGGUUCUAUAGGGUCCUUGGCCCCCCUCGCCAUCGGGGGCCCCCUCCCGCCGGGCUCUAGGGGGCUCCCUCGGCGCUGGGGAAUCUCCUCCUUCUGCCGUCAUCGACUGAAUGCGCAUGCGCGGCAAGAGCCGAGCGCGCAUUCAGCCAGUCUCAUAGGAAAACAUUCUCAAUGCUUUCCUAUGGACGCUGGCGUCUUCCACUUGGCUUGAUGUUUCAUUUUUUGGCGGGAUCUUUAUUUUCCUUUUGGUUUUCCCACUUUUUCGCUAUGAUUUCAUUAAAGGCUACGUUUUAUCUAUUUGUUCAGUUUAAUCCUGACUGAAUUAGGUAUAUUUCCACAUAUAUAUUAUUAUUACUAUUUGUAAUACCAAUUUCCCACUGCUUUUGGAUACUUCGAAAUCCUCCUAUUUUUUCAUUUCCCUGUUUAGGAGGUUUUCUCUGUAUCAGCUCCCCAAUUUCUUGUUUUAUUUAUUUUCUGUUCUUUAUUGAGCCACUAAAUAGCAGGCAAGAUAGAAAUCUGCUCCUACUAGUGGAGGGGCCACAGAGGAUUUCAGUCUGGAGACAUCGCAUAUCAUUUUAAUUCAAUGUUUUCGACAGCCUUCUCUCAUGUUGGCACCGACUUAACAUGACAACACAGUAAAGGGGUAGAGCUUACGUCUCCUCUGUUUUCUUUGAUAAAAUCAGCAACUAGUUGCAUUAAGAUAUGUUUUCUUUGUGCGGAAAGUUCCAAACUCUCUGAAAUGAUUUAGGUGACUCAUGCAGUUGUGCUGUCCAUUUAUCCAUUUCCACUGCCUUCCUCAUUUUAUGAAUGACAGUAGUCAAGGUGGUAAUGUUGCUUGAUGAGCACAAUCCCCUAUGGCUCUAUGGGGAAUAACCCUGUUAGUGCAUAACCUUGUGAAAUGAGCUGUAGUUAAGCCUAUCUGCCACUAGAGGGUGAGAUGGACGAUCCCAAAGUUUUAAAACACUGAACCUCUGGGUUCUAGCAUAUGUGUUUCCUUUUAAUUCUUUCAUGACAGAUGACUUGCAGUGACUGUCAUCAUAUAAAGGGAUUUGUAUAACCCUUGUCAGGACGGGGUUAAACAUUAUGAUUAGCAGCUGGUAUAUAAAAAAUCUCUGAGUGCUUCUUUAAAUACCAUUUACAACUAAGAGGAUUAUAUACAAAAAUUAUAGCUCCUAUUUCAUCCGGUACAAGGACUUAAGUAUUUUUAAUCUUUUAAUAAUCUUUCUGUUUUUCUAGGGUACUUGUGCAUGCCUCAUUUAGCAUAUUUAAUCUUCCAAUUGCUGAUAUUGUGGAUGCUGACAUGGAAAAAUACAAACGCAAGUAAGUAUGAUCAUGUUCGCUUAUACUUUAUAGGAUGCUUCACUUAUAUUAAUUCAUCCAGAAAUGUGUUUUAUUAUCACAUUGAUUUAAAUAAUUGGAGCCUAGUACUUUCCCUGCUCAUCAGUGAACACAAAUUCAUCUAUGGUGAUUACCAAAACGAUAUCCUCCAGAUAUUUCUCUGUAUGGUCAAAAAAUACCCAGCACUCAGAUACAUUACCCAGCCUGGUCACCUUACACACCACCCACAUAUUACCCAGCCUGGUCACCUUACACACCACCCACAUAUUACCCCGCCUGGUCACCUCACACACCAUCCAGAUAUUACCCAGCCUGGUAUACUCACACCAUCCAGAUAUUACCCAGCCUGGUCACCAGACACCAUUUAGAUAUUACCCAGCCUGGUCACCACACACCAUCCAGAUAUCAACCAGCCUGGUAAACUCACACCAUCCAGAUAUUACCCAGCCUGAUCACCACACACCAUCCAGAUAUUACCCAGCCUGGUCACCACACACCAUCCAGAUAUUACCCAGCCUGAUCACCACACACCAUGUAGAUAUUACCCAGCCUGAUCACCACACACCAUCCAGAUAUUACCCAGCCUGGUCACCACACACCAUCCAGAUAUUACCCAGCCUGAUCACCACACACCAUGUAGAUAUUACCCAGCCUGAUCACCACACACCAUCCAGAUAUUACCAAGCCUGGUCACCACACACCAUCCAGAUAUCACCCAGCCUGGUAUCCUCACACCAUCCAGAUAUUACCCAGCCUGGUCACCACACACCAUCCAGAUAUUACCCAGCCUGAUCACCACACACCAUCCAGAUAUUACCCAGCCUGGUCACCACACACACCAUCCAGAUAUUACCCAGCCUGGUCACCACACACCAUCCAGAUAUUACCCCGCCUGGUCACCACACACACCAUCCAGAUAUUACCCAGCCUGGUCACCACACACCAUUUAGAUAUUACCCAGCAUGAUCACCACACACCAUCCAGAUAUCACCCAGCCUGGUAUACUCACACCAUCCAGAUAUUACACAGCCUGAUCACCACACACCAUCCAGAUAUUACCCAUCCAGAUAUUACCCAGCCUGGUCACCACACACCAUUUAGAUAUUACCCAGCAUGAUCACCACACACCAUCCAGAUAUCACCCAGCCUGGUAUACUCACACCAUCCAGAUAUUACACAGCCUGAUCACCACACACCAUCCAGAUAUUACCCAGCCUGGUCACCACACACACCAUCCAGAUAUUACCCAGCCUGGUCAUCACACACACCAUCCAGAUAUUACCCAGCCUGGUCACCACACACACCAGCCAGAUAUUACCCAGCCUGAUCACCACACACCAUUUAGAUAUUACCCAGCCUUGUCACCACACCAUUCAGAUAUUACCCAGCCUGGUCACCUCCAACCAUCCAGAUAUUACCCAGCCUGGUAUACUCAUACCAUCCAGAUAUUACCCCGCCUGGUCACCACACACACCAUCCAGAUAUUUCCCAGCCUGAUCACCACACACCAUUUAGAUAUUACCCAGCCUGAUCACCACACACCAUCCAGAUAUUACCCAGCCUGGUCACCACACACACCAUCCAGAUAUUACCCAGCCUGGUCAUCACACACACCAUCCAGAUAUUACCCCGCCUGGUCACCACACACACCAUCCAGAUAUUACCCAGCCUGGUCAUCACACACACCAUUUAGAUAUUACCCAGCCUGAUCACCACACACCAUUUAGAUAUUACCCAGCAUGAUCACCACACACACCAUCCAGAUAUUACCCAGCCUGGUCAUCACACACACCAUCCAGAUAUUACCCAGCCUGAUCACCACACACCAUUUAGAUAUUACCCAGCCUGAUCACCACACACCAUCCAGAUAUUACCAAGCCUGGUCACCACACACACCAUCCAGAUAUUACCCAGCCUGGUCAUCACACACACCAUCCAGAUAUUACCCAGCCUGGUCAUCACACACACCAUUUAGAUAUUACCCAGCCUGGUCACCACACACACCAUCCAGAUAUUACCCAGCCUGGUCACCACACACACCAUCCAGAUAUUACCCAGCCUGGUCACCACACACACCAUCCAGAUAUUACCAGCCUGGUCACCACACACACCAUCCAGAUAUUACCCAGCCUGGUCACCACACACACCAUCCAGAUAUUACCCAGCCUGGUCACCACACACACCAUCCAGAUAUUAACCAGCCUGGUCACCACACACACCAUCCAGAUAUUACCAAGCCUGGUCACCACACACACCAUCCAGAUAUUACCCAGCCUGGUCACCACACACACCAUCCACAUAUUACCCAGCCUGAUCACCACACACCAUUUAGAUAUUACCCAGCCUGGUAUACUCAUACCAUCCAGAUAUUACCCCACCUGGUCUUCAAAUGAAUUUUCACAAAAACUACUUUUGUCAUUUAUGGAGUUGUUGUGCAAUGUGUGAUGCUGUAUUUGACUGUCAAUUAAAUUAGAAAAAAAAUAAUUGGGGAAGAAAGGACAAAAAGAUUGGGUUAAAAAAGUCAAACUAAUAUAAACUAACUAAUAUAAUUAUUAGUAUUAAAGAUAAAAAACAUCAAACAUAAUUAACUGUUUCCCUUGGGCGCCUACUCAGUGUAAAUAAUAUGUGUGGGUGCCUAGCUAUAUGCAUUUCACAAGAUGUACACUUUUAGAUUAUCUGUAGCACUGCAGUUCGCUAUUUUAAUUUGAAGAACUUGCAUUUCCUGUUUAUGCUGCAAUAUUUUUAGCUUGUAAAACCGGGUUAUGACAUUAUGGAUAUAAUUGACCUUGAGAACUCGCUUGUCAGCAAGGUAUUUCUCUCCUCUGCUGAUUAAGUACAUUAUAUUCCGCAGAGGUCCCACACAUUUACAUUGUUCUACUUGAAUAAAAAUAAAAUCUUAGGGGCGUGGCUUAGCGGCGAAUGAGAGCGGUCGCCUGAUCUCGGAGCUCUCCCGCCGACGAGUGUACACAGUGUGAAUACACAGCGAGCAAGCACCGGCAAGAGUGACAAACAAGUGGGCAUACCUCCACCACAUAAUGUCCACAAAAAUUUAAACAAAAGACCCUCCAAAUGCAGGUGAUAUCGUCGCCGAAGUGCGGAACGGAGGAACAAAAUGGCGCCGACCAGCCCCAGUCCCCAGCCUCAUGCUCAGAAAGAGGUGAGUUUACCCUCACUGCAGAUGACAUGCAAGCACCAGCCACAAACGCUUCAUUGCAUAACAUGCUAUCUGAAUUAAAACAUACUUUCAAAACAGACUUAAAACAAAUUGCCACAGAUAUCAGCGCUGACAUUCAAGCUUUAGGUGAACGAACAGCACGUCUGGAAGAGAGGGCAGAGGAAACUAUAGAGGCUCAUAAUAGCCUAUCAGAGGCACACAAUGCCCUAAUGCAGAGAGUGCAAAGCCUGGAAGCAAAAGUGGCAGACCACGAAGACCGGGACCGCCGCAACAAUAUUAGAAUCCGGGGAAUACCGGAGUCAAUCGGCUCCCUAGAUCUGACCCAAUAUGUACAAGAAAUAUUUAAAGCAUACGUUCCAGCAUUGAAGGAAACUGAGUUGCUGCUAGACCGAACACACCGCCUCCCAAAACCCAAGCACUUACCGACUACAGUGCCAAGAGACGUCAUAACGCGAAUACACUAUUUCACAACGAAAGAUCGCAUAAUGCAAGCGUCUAGACGCCAAGGUCAGCUCCCAGGUCAAUUUUCCCAAAUCAAGCUAUUCAUUGACCUUUCCACUGCGACCAUGAUAAAAAGGCGCUCGUUUACCCACAUCACAGCGGCAUUGAGAGCGGCAGAUGUACAGUAUAAGUGGGGCUUCCCGACCAAGUUACUAGUAAAACGCAACGGCGUAGACAACCCGAUUCUAGAUCCUGAAUCCGGCAAAAGACAACUGCUGGAGUGGAACAUUCCGAUACCAAAUGACCCCUUACUAGCUACAGAGGACAGAUCUGCAAUCAAACUCCACAAUGAAUGGAAGAAACAACCACGUCCCAAGACCACACAAAGACAAGUCUAGCGUGACCAGAUCUCCCAAUCGUGUGCUGACCACACGGUGCUCAUACGGGACAGGUCGUAUACAAAGACUAUAUUCGUACAUGCUCCUUUCUUGCAAAUUAUCAUGCCGGGCUAGAAGCCUACCUACACCCAGGGAGGGCGUCACUAAGGCCAUCCAGAAUUGCUAUGAUAAUUUUUGCUGUUAAAUCCUUGCUACCGAUUUCAAUAACCGCCCCCAAUGUGGCUACCGACUCAGAGCCACAAGAGAAUCCGUUAAGUUUGACACUGCACCGCAGAGGCGCAGUGAACGGAGCAUUGUACAUAGUUGACUAUUGGUUUAGUUAUUAUAUUGUUUUAUCCUUUCUUUUUUUUAUAAGGCAAACCCCACAGAUGGUAUGUCCUGCAUCCUUAUCACCAUCUAGCACCACCAUGUUAGCUAUACAACUACCUCCCAUUGGGGAACCUAAUGUUGGAGGAGCACCCUGUCUACCCCCGAGUAGCCACAGACUAUACCACAUGACAGAUGGUACUUAAAAUAUGCUCCCUAAAUACUAAAGGGUUGAAUUCCCCCCACAAGCGCCGCCUAGCCUUGCGCGAAGCAAAAUCAUUAGGUGCCCACGUAAUGCUCUUCCAAGAAACGCACUUCCAAUGGGGUAACAGACCGAAGUUUAAUUCCCCACAGUAUCCCAUAGAUUACCACUCAUGUUAUUCCGCAAAAAAAAGAGGAGUGUCCAUCCUUAUUAGCAGAGAUGUAGCUUUCUCCUUAAUACGCAAAAUAGGAGAUAAAAAGGGAAGGUACCUUAUAUUGCAAUGCUCCCUAAAUAAUAAUGUCUAUACCUUAAUUAAUGUAUAUGGACCUAAUGUUAACCAAUGUAACUUUGUUGAUGUACUGCUUGGUUUGAUGUCUGCCCACGCACUUGGGGAAGUGAUCAUUGGGGGUGACACGAAUUUCUUACUAGACAGUAACCUAGACUCAUCAGGAGGUCCCCACUUGACCGCACAAUCACUAAAGAGCAGGUCCAAACUAACCACACUAAUAUGCAACAAACUAACACCGCACAAUCUUGUAGACCGGUGGCGAGUAACCCAUCCCACAGAGAGGGACUACACAUGCCACACAGCAGCGCAUAACACUUAUUCGAGAAUAGAUAGGUUUUUGAUCCGCACCUCCUCCAUCAUAAAGGUUGAGCGCACAGACAUAGGUCUUAUCACGUGGUCAGACCAUGCCCCUAUCACACUACAACUCAAGGAACAAUUCCCCAACUCAGGAAGAAGCAGUUGGAGACUCAAUGAACAAUUGCUUUCCGACCCUGCCAUAGUUACCCAAAUAGAACAAGAUCUACAGUUUUAUUUUAAAGAAAACAAGACCCCAGACUCACCUCUACCCCAAAUAUGGAUGGCGCACAAAGCCUUCAUAAGAGGUUGCUUCAUCAAGCACGCCAGCUACGCAAAAAAAAAGCGACUAGAAUCAUACACAGCCAUACUUUCCGAAUUAACCUCUCUAACUCACACUAACAAACACACCCCCACGGCAGCCACACAUACUAAAUUAUUGCUCUUACAAUCGCAGCUGAGAGACUUGGAACUGGCCAAAACCACAUCCCUCAUGCGCAGGUUUAAACACGGCUUUUUUGCUACAGGAAACAAAGCGGGAGCGCGGCUGGCUGCCCAAUUGAAACAGAGGAUGGCUAACUCCAAGAUUGCCUCCAUCAAGAGUUCCAAGGGCACCACAAUUCUAAACCCACAGGGGAUAGUGGACGAAUUUGCCCAUUAUUAUGAAAAACUAUAUAAUCUAAAAGAUGACCCACAGACAGUCUGCCCCUCCAAAGCAGAUAUUGACACCUUCCUAGCAGGAAUCGACCUCCCUACCCUAUCUAAGACAGAGGCGGAACAGCUUAACAAACCCUUCACGACCGAGGAGAUCGCCUUGGUGAUCUCCGCGCUCCCACUACACAAAUCACCGGGACCUGAUGGCCUGCCUAAUAAAUAUUACCGCACCUUCCUUAACACCCUAGCGCAACCUCUCGGUGCUCUGUUUAACCACUGCAUGACAGAAGGGGCAUUGCCAGAAGAGGUCACAAUGGUACAUGUCUCCACACUUCCCAAACUGGGCAAAAAUACAGAUCAAUGUAAAAACUUCAGGCCCAUUUCAUUGUUAAAUAGCGAUGCCAAAAUCUAUGCAAAACUAUUCAGCGAAAGAUUGGCACCGUUGCUACAUAAAUUAGUACACAAUGACCAGUCCGGAUUUGUGAGGGGCCGACAAGGCUCUGAUAACUCGAGGAAAGUGCUAAACAUAAUAGCGGUGAUGGAGAGGGAACAAAUCGGAAGUCUUUUCCUGGCGCUGGACGCCGAAAAGGCCUUCGACAGACUUAACUGGCAAUAUAUGACACAAGUGCUGUGCAAGUAUCAGUUCCCUGAAGAGGUUAUCAGGGGAAUCUUGGCUCUGUACGCACGACCCAGUGCUAGGGUCUCCCAUGGAGGCUUCCUGUCGCGAACUUUUCACAUUACGAAUGGGACACGCCAGGGAUGUCCACUAUCCCCCCUGUUAUACAUACUCUCCCUAGAACCCUUGGCUUGGAAGAUAAGACGACACCAGGCCAUAACCGGUAUUACACUGGGGGACAAGGACUAUUGUCUGGCGAUGUUUGCGGACGAUAUUUUCGUGGCACUUUCAAAUCCAGAACAAUCGCUGCCCCCUCUACUAACUUUACUGACAGACUAUGGUAGAAUAUCAUACUACCGUCUGAAUAAGGAAAAAACACAAGCCCUACCGAUAAACCUACCAGGGCCCACUGUAACCACCCUUAAAAACUCCUUUGAACUCGACUGGCGAACAACGUCUAUAACGUACUUAGGGGUUAAGAUCGCCGCUCCUAUUAGCAACAUAGUAAAGCUCAAUUACAAGCCCCUCAUACAUCUAUGCACCACAGAGAUACAUAAAUGGAAGAAUGCAAAACUGUCCUGGUUAGGCCGGGUGAAUGCAUAUAAGAUGAUGCUAUUGCCAAGGUUACUGUAUAUAUUCCGCAUGCUCACGAUAGACAUCCAAGCCGCAAUUCACAAAUCGUUACAAGCCAUAUGCAACUCCUUCAUCUGGGGGGGUAAGAAACCCAGGCUGCCCCUAGGUCUCCUACAACCGACGACACAAACGGGGGGUAUAGGCAUGCCCAACAUUGGACUCUACUACAAAGCCUAUAUCCUAGCAACGAGUAUACACCUACACGCCCAACAGGGGGUAACACAGUGGGUGGAUAUGGAACAAGGCCAACUUAAGCACACCUCACUGCUUAAUUACCUAUGGACGCCGAGAACACUAAGAGGCCCUAAAGUAACUCUAUACCCCACCACAACCGCAACGGUCAGAGUGUGGGACGACUUUAUGUCCUCCCUUGGCUGGAGGAAACACUUCCACCCUGAAGCUCCCCUCACUGCACUACAUGCAGUGAAUCCUACGAUCCCACUAACCAGAUGGUCACGCUUAGGUAUAUCCCAAAUCCAACAACUGUGUACAGACCAAACAAUCAUGAGUUUCCCAGACAUCAGAGACAGGUGGAAAGUCCCGGAGAGAGAUAUCUUCCCCUACUUACAACUAAAAAACACAAUAAACACACACGUCAAGGGCACACCACACACUGUGCCUACAUCUGCGGUAGCAGCGAGACUAAUACCCCACAGAUGCUGGACAGCCCCGAUGAAACCCAAAGCCCUCUCACUUUGCUAUAAAGCAUGGCUAGACCUAGCACCACAAAAGCCGAUGACAUGUAAACAGCACUGGGAGACGGAGAGGGGGACAGUCAUGACAGAUGAAAGGUGGAUGCUGGCCCUAAAUGGGAUCAAAAAGUGGACCAAGUGCUACUCACAUAUUGAAGCGCAUCGCAAACUACUCUAUAGGUGGUACAUGACACCCAUCAGACUACACAGAAUGUACCCAGACGUAUCCACCAAGUGUUGGAGAUGCGGUGUGGAAGAGGGAACUCUGCCACACAUAUGGUGGAAAUGUGGUGGGAUACAACCUCUCUGGGGAGAUGUUCAGAUCCUACUGAAGGAUCUCGGCAUUAGGGACUUCCCCAUGAACAUAACGACCUGCCUACUCUUGCUGUUCCCCAAAACGACACAACAAAACCACGUACAAUUGAUAGGGAUAGUUUUAAUGGCUACUAGAAACCUGAUAGCACUAAACUGGAAAACACCUAGCUGCCCAGCCAUCCACCAAUUGGCAGACAAAAUACAACAAUUCUAUAUAUAUGAGAAAAUGUCCACUGACACUGCCAAGGCCACGGAAAGGUUCCGAGACAUUUGGAGGGUCUGGGAGACAUGGUAUGAGGGACAGAAACACCAAGGAGGGUGAGAGGGGUGGAGGGGACCCAGAGGAGUCAGGAGCAGCCCAUGGAAACAUGGACGUUGACUUAUGUGAGCUGACAUGGCCAAAGUACGCAGAAAAUGCUAGAUCCAAAUUAUUCUGAUUUGCCUGCAUAUUUGUUUGAGUAUAUACCUUUGUUAAGUUUAUUUGAAUUGUAAUAUCAACCUUAUUGAAGGGAACACUGCAAACCAGCUACGGCGAAAUGUUCCAUAGUACACGGAAGCAGAUGAUGUUACUGUACAACUUUAGAGUACGAUUAUAUUAUCCUGUAACCCACUGACUACUCGUUGUAUACACUAUGAAACAACUAUGUACUGGAUCUUUACUUUACUUGGAUCUUUACUCUUUACUUUGCCAUGCAGCAAGUACAUGUUUUACAAAUACCUUUUAAAGGGGCAUCCUAAGCACCAUCAUAACAUUGCAUAACCUGGACUGAAUUCUCGCUCCUCCCAGAUGAAAGACCCAAGCCGCACACCACACAUUACUGAACCAAACCAGUCGGUAAACAUUGAACCAAGCUAUAUGAACUGGCAGCAGCUGCUAUUGGUUAUUUAUACAGAACCGUUCCACUCAUCCUGUUUGAUCAGUGGAACUGCUCUUUGGUAAUAAACUACUUACCCCAUAAGCCUUUGCUGGACAGAAGUUCAUGGAAUAUGAAUAAACCUCAUAGGCCAGAAUAAACCCGAUUGGAGUAUCUCUUUCUAGCGAGGGUCUGUAGACGGUUCUAAGAGACUCGUGGCUUCAUGGACCACAUUUACAGGAUUAUUCACUAAAGUCCAAAUGGUCCCAAACUGAAUGCGGCAAAAGCAUCCAGCUGCAUACAUGGCCAUUCGGACUUCAAGAUCCUGAUAUUAUUGAAGGAAUUCAUCAAAGUCAAGAUUUUGUAACAACGGUCCCAAACGGGCCUGAAUUUUGGUCUGUAUUUCAGCAGGAUGGCUGAAAUCCAGGUUGAAUGUAGCAAAUCCAAACUCUGAGAAUUUAACUCCGAGCCUUGAUUUAAAAAAAAAAAAAAAAACGCCGACCGAUUUGCCCACUGCCAACAGCCAAUGGGCAGUUACUAAGGCGCCAUCAAAUCUAAUGCGCACCUUAAUUUUUGAAACCUGGAAGCUGAAAAAUGUUUUUGCUGGCGAAUGUAAUGCGCAUUUAUACUAGAAGAUACUACUAUACAAUAUUGUGCUACAAUGAAAAUGUUUGUCUAUUGCCAUAUACCACAGUAACAUUGAUGGUAUUUUAAUUUUAGUGUUACAUGUUAAAGGACCACUUUAGUGUUACAUGUUAAAGGACCCUCAGGGACCCCCUCCCGCCCGGCUCUGGAAGGGGGAAAGGGGUAAAAACGUACCUUUUUCCAGCGCUGGGCGGAGAGCUCUCCUCCUUCUCUCCUCCUCCGUUCCGCCCCGUCGGCUGAAUGCGCACGCGCGGCAAGAAAGGCGCUACGUGAUUCAGCCGGGUCGCGAUAGAAAGCAUUAUCAAUGCUUUCCUAUAGACGCUGAGCGCUCACUGUGAAAAUUACAGUGAGGAGCAUCAAGAGGCAAAAUAGUGGCCACAAUGACAGCCACUAGAGGUUUUGGGAGAAGGUUAACCUAUUGAUAAAACAUAGCAGUUUCUCUGAAACUGCUAUGUUUAUUUAAAAAUGUUAACUCCUUAGAGACUGCACCUGUGACCACUCUAUUGUUGAAGGUCUGGGUGCCUAGGAGUGGUCCUUAAAUCUAUUCUUUUCUAAAGGACUAUAGUGCCAGGAAAAACAUACUGCUUUCCUGCACUAUAGUGCCCUGAGGGUGCCCCCACCCUCAGGGACCCCUCCUGCCCGGCCCUGGAAAAGGGAAAAGGGGUUAAAUUACCUUUUUCCAGUGCUGGGCGGAGAGCUCUCCUCCUCCCAUCCUCCUCUUCUCCUCCCUGUCACGGCUGAAUGCUAUUCGCGUCGGUCACAUAGGAAAGCAUUCAUAAUGCUUUCCUAUGGACGCUGGCGUGCUCUCACCGUGAAAAUCACAGUGAGAAGCACGCAAGCGCCUCUAGUGGCUGUCAAUGAGACAGCCACUAGAGAAAAUAGGGGAAGGCUUAACCCAUUCAUAAACAUAGCAGUUUCUCUGAAACUGCUAUGUUUAUGAAAAAAUGGGUUAACCCUAGCUGGACCUGGCACCCAGACCACCUCAUUAAGCUGAAGUGGUCUGGGUGCCUAGAGUGGUCCUUUAAGCCCUCUUUCAGGAACAAAAUUUGCCUGUGUGAAUUCGCCAAUUCUAAUUCGCCUGUGUGAAUUCUCCGGAAUGAAAUUCAACAGAAUUUUUCCCCGAAUGUAAUGUGCCAUCUAAUCUAAUGCACAUUCAAAGUUUUGGAAAAGUUAUUUUCCCAAAAAGUACGCAUUAGAUUCGAGUAAAUACAGUAUUUAAAAACCGUCUGCAGUGCAAGAGUUGUUUAGAUGGAUAUAGUUAAAAAUAAAUAAAGAGAAAUACUGUUGGGGUCAAUAAGACCCCCAUAUUACUAUAAUGGAGGUAACGUACCUCCAUAUGCCCUCACAUGUCAUCCAGCAGGUUGGGGCAUAUAUACUAAACAUGGCUGAAACUGGCUACCCAGCCGUUCGAAAAGGCCCCAUUUCAUGGGGAUGGGGAUAGGGAUGGGGAUUGUGAAAUAACAGGGUGAGGGGGGAACACUCUUUGCACAACCUGUCAUAGUGUGGGAAGCCUUGAAGAGGGCUUCCCCUGCUAGGAGCACUCAUUCUGCAGUAAACCCUUCAUGGAUUAAGAUGGAUUAUUUUGGGGUUUCUAUUUUUGCAGAGUUUUUCAAUUUUUUUAUUUUUUUUAAGAUCGUGCCUUUUUUAUUUUACUUAGGAGCAUUUGGCUUUAUAUUAAAUUAAGUUCCCUCACCCCUUUUUUUUUUUUUUUAACUAUAAGCACCUCCAUCAGCCGACAAUGGCUGGGGGCCCAGGCAGCGGCACUUGGUCUCUCCUCCUUUUACAUACAUAUUAGGGCCUCCACCCCCUGGCAUUGGUGAGGGCCAGGGGACGGGACAGUACAAUUUAACAUAUCUCCCACCUGAUGACCCCCCCUGUUAUUUUUUUUUUUUAUAGGCCACAUCACAUGGGAAUGGCAAUGUUUUACAUGUUUAGUAGUCAUGCAUAUGAAGGGCCUUAUUGACCCCAAUAGGAUUUUUAUAUAUUUUAACUAUUUCCAUGUGUUGGCUGACUAGCAAGCGCAGGCCAGCCGCCACCUACUUAACCCUUGCGCUGCCGAACGUGUUUCACUUUUUGCCUACUGGCUGCUAGUGCUGGCAGCAAGCAAAUAGUUCUUCAAAAGGUUCGAUUCACUUGCAAAAAGCAAGUGAAUGAUAGUUUGCGAACACUUAUCCUGCCAGGUGCAUUCGGUUUAACAUUGACCGCCAUGCGGUUGUUGAUGAAUCUCCGAUUCCGGUCCUGUAAAUUUGUUUUCGAUACAGAAAGCACAGAUUUUCCGAACUCAUCCAAAUUAAUGUUACAGAAUUGUUCGGUGUUUAGUGUGUAAGCCUGUUACUGGGGUUUGUGUGUCCUGGGGAAUUCUGUAGUUUUUUUUCUUUGAAAAAAAACAUCGAAAUGUGUUUUUGACAGCAUGGAUGUUUUGGGUACAGGGUCCAUUUGUUAUCGCUACAUUAUCUCCAAUUCAAACGACCUGGUUUUACUAGUUGGAAAAUAUUGUGUUGGGACAUUUUCCAGCUGCAGCAUUCAAUUCCACAUUUAACAACUCAGUGAAGGUAAUAUUUAGUUAUUUACUAGAAACCAUAACAUAAGCUACCCACAAUGCACAAUGAUCAAUGAGACUUAUUAAUCAGUAUCAUCCCUAGAAAUAUCAUUCUUUCAAUUACAUUUUUUUUGAGAAAAAUUACCCUCCAACGGCCCUCCCCUGUAAAUUAAAAAAUGAGAAUGACUGGAGUAAUGGGGGACCAGGUGGGGUCUGUUGGUAUCUGGCAUACUCGCAUUGGUGUGGGUAUCACAUCACAUCUACACUUUAUUUAAAUGAACACCAGGCACCAUAACAACUUAAUCAGAAUUAACUUUAUUCCAUUGGUGUUAUGGUGCCCAGAGUGUUCCUUUAAAAAAUACUAAUUUAAGAGGUUUAAAAUACACAUUUUUGCUCUAAUGAUAACAAGGUGUUGUAGCGGGCCGAGCGUAUCCUGACUGGUUACCUCAGCUAAUGCAUAACGAAGAGACCCAUUUCCCCCCAGUAACCCGACGACACACAGUUCCAGGGGUACAACAACAACUUAAUUGGCCACACUCUGCUUUAUACUUUCCCCAUGCAAGGGGUGGAACACACACAAUGACAAUGUCCCCUCCCCGGGUUCUCCCCCUCCCAGGGGUCGCACAACAGAACUGGAUCCCCAAUCCCUUUGUCCCCUGUUCCCACCACUCAGUGCCCCCUCCCAGGGUCCUCCCCCUCCCAAGGGCCUGUGCUUGUGACUAAUCAUAUAAGCCACAUUUUACCAUUAGAUCUUUCUUUAUGCAGACAGACUGAAUGAAUUCGAGGAGGUUAGUUACUGAUGCAUGCUACGUUGCAGCAGGAUCACAUGGUGAUGCAGUGUUGUAUUCCCAAAUUCUGCGUGGUACAGUGAAUGACUUGCCUUUGUGUAUUAUAUUAAAAUAACCUCUCAGGACUUGCAUUGAAGGUUAACUUAACAUGUUUUCAUUGUUAAUGUUUUAAUGUCUAUCUUGUAUUGUGCAGAUCUCCUAUUUCCUCAAUGGUUUUUGGGACAAAUGCCCUCUUCACCAAGCCUGCUCAAUCCCUGGCGCCAAUGUUGGUAGUUGCCAUACUCAACAAGUAUGGUUAUGAGCAUUUAACCAGCAAGAUUGAUCAACCAGAUCCUAGGUGAGAGCAAAUAUAAUCCUAUGUAUAAAUAAAUAACACAAUAUUGCAUGGGAAAUAAGAGGUAAGCGCACUCUUCUUCAAUACUAGUCCAGGGUGCAGAUCCAGAUCUGGGGAUUGCAAAUCCCAAUGUAUAAGUAGUUAACCAAAAAUAGAUCCAGGCACUCAAGGCAGUAAAAGGCAGAUUUAAUCCCUUAAGGACCAAACUUCUGGAAUAAAAGGGAAUCAUGACAUGUCAGACAUGUCAUGUGUCCUUAAGGGGUUAAAGGGACACUACAGGCACCCAGACAACUUCAGCUCAUUGAAGUGGUCUGGGUGCAGUGUCCCUGGUAUCUUAGCCCUGCAAUGGUAAUGCAUGUUUAUCCAAAACUGCAAUAAUAUCCUGCCAGGGUUAAUUGCACCUCUAGUGGCUGUCUACCAGACAGCCACGAGAUGGACUUCCAGGUGGUUAGGCGACUUUUGGUUACCUAACUGACUCUGGACAUCCUCACGCUAUACCUGAGCGCACCCAGCAUCACCUGAAGUCCUAAUGCAAGCGCGGCAUGCGCAUUAGGUCCCCACCGCCAACGUCAGGAGUGGAGGCGGAGCCUGAACCAGCACAGAGUAACAUCAGCGGUGAUGGACAUGUGAGGGAAGGGGGCCCUAUAGGAAGCUGUAGAGUCAGGAAAACAACUUUAUUUUUUUUUUUUUUUUAAACGUUGCUUCCGUAUUUGUUACAUUGAUCUUCCUUAACCCCUUCUGACCGGAGGACGUACAAUUACGCCCUAUUUUAGGCGGCUCUAAACGCCGCCGGGCGUAAUUGUACGCCCUCCGGUUUUUGUUAACUUACCCGGUCGCCAGCGGUCCCAUGCCGGCGAUCGCGGUAGGGGGGACUCCCAGGGAGCCCCCCCGCGGUAGAUCCUUCUCCUCCGGUGCUCCCCGGCCAUGUGAGAGUGGGGUCCUAGCGAGGACCCCACAAUCACAUGGCCGGGUAGGCUGCCUCCUGCAUUGCCAGCAGGGGGGCUGCCUGUAAUGACAGGUGGUCCCCCUGCUGGCUGAAAAUAAAAUUAAAAUUAAAUUUAUUGGUGUAAAAAAAAAUAUAUAUAUACUUAGAUCAUAUAUAUAUAUUAUAUAUAUAUAUGAUCUAAGUAUAUAUAUACACAUAUACAUACACACACAUACACCGUCUAGGUGUAUUUUACUAUUAAUAUAUAUAUAAUUAUAUAUAUAUAUUAAUAUCAAAUUACACGUAGACUGAUACUGAUUAAAUAUAUAUAUAAUUAUUGUCAUAUAUAUAUUUAUAUAUAAUAUAAAAAAAUUAAAUAUGUAAAUACGUUAAAAAAUAAAAUUAAAAAAUAAUUAAAAAGAAAUAAUUAAAAAAUAUAUAGAUGUGUGUUAUUUCGUUCUAACUGUAUUGUGAAAUUAAUAUAUAUAUAUAUAUCAAAAUACACGUAGAACGAAAUAAUAUAUAUAUCUAUAUACAUAAAUAUAUACGUAUAUAUCACUAUAUAUAUAGCUAUAUAUAAAUAAAAAUAUUUUUAAAAAAUUAUAUAGAUAUAUACAUAUAUAUACACAUACGUAUAUAUAUACAUAUAUUAAUUCUACAUAUAUAUUUAUGUAAUAUUUUUACGUAAUUAGGUAUCUUAAUUAAUUACAAUUAGCAGGACCUGCCUGACAACCCAUGCCGAAAGUAAAGGGAAUUUAAUUUGCUAGCACUAUAUUUAACCCUAUAACUUUCCAAGACACCAUAAAACCUGUACAUGGGGGGUACUGUUCUACUCGGGAGACUUCGCUGAACACAAAUAUCAGUGUUUCAAAACAGUAAAAUGUAUUACAACUAUGAUAUCGCCAGUAAAACUGACGUUUUUUGUAUUUUUUUUUUUACACACAAACAGCACUUACACGGACGAUAUUAUUGCUGUGAUACUUUUUACUGUUUUGAAACACAAAUAUUUGUGUUCAGCGAAGUCUCCCGAGUACAACAGUACCCCUCAUGUACAGGUUUUAUGGUGUUUUCAAAAGUUACAGCGUCAAAUAUAAGGCUUGCGUUUCAUUUUUUUCACAUUAAAAUUUGGCAGAUUGGUUAGGUUGCCUUUGAGACCCUAUGGUAGCCCAAGAUUGAAAAUUACCCCUAUGAUGGCAUACCAUUUGCAAUAGUAGACAACCCAAGGUAUUGCAAACAGGGUAUGUCCAGUCUUUUUUAGUAGCCACUUAGUCACAAACACUGGCCAAAAUUGGCGUUUUUUGCAUUUUUCACACACAAACAAAUACUAGCGCUAACUUUGGCCAGUGUUUGUGACCAAAUGGCUACUAAAAAAGACUGGACAUACCCCAUUUGCAAUACCUUGGGUUGUCUACUAUUGCAAAUGGUAUGCUAUUAUGGGUGUAAAUUUAAUUCCUGGUCUACUAUACAGUCUCAAAAGCAACAUAACCUAUCUGGCGAAUUUCAAUUUCAAAUGUAACGUGCUAUAUUUGACGCUGUAACUUCCCAAAACGCCAUAAAACCUGUACAUAGGGGGUACUGUCUUACACGUGAGACUUUGCUGAAUACAAAUAUGUGUAUUUUAUUGCAGUAAAAGCAAACAGUAUUAUGACAUUGACCGUUAAAAUGUCAUGUAGAACAAAAACAUUUUUUAAAAAUCGUAUUUUCUCCCAUUUUUUUCAUAUUAAUUUAUGUUUCAUAGCUAAAUAUUUGAUAUUAAAUGAAAGCCCUGUUUCCCCUGAAUAAAAUGAUAUAUAAUAAGGGUGGGUGCAUUUACUAUGAAAGAGGUGAAUUACGGUUGGACAGACAUGUAGCGCAAAUGCCAGGUUUUGUUUACAUUUUUUUGGUUCACAACGUGUACAUUUGGCUCCGUCCUUAAGGGGUUAAAUCUUCUUCGAACUACAUUCGAGUGCCUCAAUCAUUUAUUGGUUAACUAAGUAAAUAACAGAGUCAUGCAGGCUACACACAACCAGGCAGAUAAAUAUUUACAUACUCACACAUUCUUGACUUUAAGAACAUAUUAUUUAUACAAUGAGCUGAACGUGUUCCAAUAGACAGGUUAAUGACAGAUCCUGGGCUUUUCUGAGUAUUUAGUCUGUUUUUAAAUAUAUAUUUUUUAAAUGUGCUGUCUGGCCUGUAAAUUGCAUAUAAUUAUGUUUUCCUGUUUAUUCAUGUUCAGAAUACUAAUACUCAUGAUGUGUAAUACUGAUUGUUUACUAGAUAAUGUGUCUAAACCAAUACGUAUCUCACAGGUAAAUAUAAUUUUUAAUUGAAAUAUUGUUUACAGAAUAACUAUGAUCUGUGUAUGAGGACAGCAGAUAUCAUAGUUGUUAGCUGGUAUAAUAAUAAUAAUAAUAAUAAUAUAGAGUAGCUGCUCCCUCCAGGAGAAAGUGGACUGCUGUUUUGCUUUUGAAAGAGACUUUUUGUCCACAUAUAGUUACAAAAUUAUAAAUAGCUUGAAACUGGGUGUUUCACCUUCUUAUGAAUCAACAACAGACAUAUGUGUGAAAUUAGGCAAUAUGUCUAAUUAAAGAGAAUGUAUUCGUACAGGAUAUAGUCAUAGUCUGCUCAAUAAACGUUUCCAAGAAGGAAACUCCGUUGAUAAGACUUGAUCCAAGUUUUUUACUUUAGCAAUUAUUCAGUGAUUACAAUUUGUUAUGAAGAUUCCUUUACUUAGCCAUCGAUGAAGAAAAAUAUUUUUUCACCCUUUUUGAAUCUUUGUCAAAGUUGUUAUUUGGUGAUUGGUUAGAGGAAAUGUUCAUAUUGUAAAUUGGAGUCAUAUAAAUAUUUUUAUUUGCCUCUUGAGAGAAGGUGUGCUGGUCUUGACCAGAUUUCUGAUUAUGCCCCUCUGCAAAUUAUUUUUGGUACUGCUGUGAUUUCAGGACUAACAGAUGGUUUUCAUAUAAAAACACUUGCAUUGCUGAAGAUUAAAAAAUUAAAAGCAAGCAGAAACUGGAAUUAUUAUUUGUCAGAAGUCAGCUGCUGGAGGGCAUGUAGAAAUUAUCAAAAUUGCAGUACAAGCUUUAAAACAAACAAACAUUGAGUUCAAUCGAGUGUGUGCACAUGUUUUUACUGUUUUUUAUAUAUAGUUGUCUCACAGAGUAAGUGCAGGGGCAAACGACUCGACUGCUAUACUGGGUUCCAACUUGAUAGAAUUGCAGCAGGUUCUUGCAACUUUCACCUACACAGAGACAGUCUCGCACACUGCGCCACUAGAUAGUGGGGCUUAAGAUGGGACAUUUAAGGAAAAACAAGUUUAGAGUCAGGGUGGACUGAGCAGUGGAUAGAGUGCAUGCUGCUCCUGGAACCCGGAGACUUCUUAACAAUCCACAGUUCUUGGGUGGUUUAAUCUCGGAGAGCUUGUUGGGCCCUAGCACCAGUGCAACAUCAUGUACUUGCCUUCCCACAGAGUGGCAUAGGUUGAGGAAGCUUGGAUUGGGUCUCACGCCAAAUAGUCUACUUUUUAUUUUCUCUUUUGAGCCCAUUUGAUGGUUUCUAUUAUGUUUGGUUAUCAUACACAAUUCCUUUAGCUUAACUCUUUAAAAUUGUAAAAGGAGGUAUUGUUAUUAGUGAUGUCCCGAACGGUUCCACGCGGACGGCGAACAUACCCUCCCACCUCCUGGACAGCUCACUAAGAAUGCAGCUUCACAAUGAAUGUAAAAUGGAUGCUGUCCAGGAGGUGGGAGGGUCUGGGAGGGAGGGUCUGCUGCUGAUUGGCUGGAAUGUGUCUGCUGACUGUGAGGUACAGGGUCAAUGUUUAUGCUUAUGUUCGCCGUCCGUGGCGAACCGUUCGGCGAACCGUUCGGGACAUCACUAAUUGUUAUGUUUUAUACUCUCCAUCAAUUGCUAUUUGACCUGUGUUACUAAUAUUUCAUGAUACUGUGACAUCUUGUAUGUCUUUUUAUAUUGUGUUAUAUGUUUUAUAUAAAUAAAUUAUAAGUGGGGGCGGGGGGGAAAACAGAUUAUUAUGAAGAUGGUCAUUAAGAGGUCAGUGCACUGUAUAGUCUGAAGAACUAUAGAGGCAUUUUCGAUUGAAUUGGGCGUUCGUCAAACUAACACAUGAGGUUAGUCUACAUCUCUUACAGUGGUUCAGGAAUAAGACAAUUUUUUUCAACUUGAUAUAGUUUUAACAUUAUAGUUUGUGCACAAAAAGAAAAGUUAUUACACAAAAUAACCCUAAUUUCUUUUUUUUUUUCUUCUAUUCAGUUUGUUUUUAGAUCUUCACGGUGCUAUGUUCUACAUGACCUGCCUUGUUCCUCUCUGCAUUGCUAUAGCACAGAUCAUUAUAUGGACUCCGUACUCUAUCCGGAGCAGUCACAUAACCUCCGUUUAGUAAAUGCCUAAAGUUACAAUCUUUUUAUAUUUAAUGAUUAUUUUGUCACAGACAAUAUCUAGGGAAUAUCAUUGGUGCCUUAUAUAGAGUAUAUGGUAAAUGUAUGCCUGGUUUGCUUCUUUAUGUUUUUCGGUUUUCAACCUUCUUAAAGAGAGGUUUCUUGGUUGAACUAAGAUUUUAAACCCAACUACGUUUGAUACAUGGACAUUGUUUUAUCAUGCACAUGAAGAACAGCCAUUAAGUUGAUAUCAUUUAUGUGUGGGGAGGGCGAUUUAUAAAUCUGUGACAAUUAGGUCUUAAAAUAGAUGUCAAUCCUAAUGCGCCCUGUUGGGCUAUGUUUAAAAAUACUUUGUACUACAAAAAAGGAUGGUAAGCCAUUCUGUGGAAUAUAGCUGAAAUUUAAGGGAACUCUCUGUGCUAAAACUGACAUUCCAUAUACUUUAUGUGCAUUUGUUACUACUUCGCCCUUGUAUAAAUAGUUUUGUGAAAUUCUAACCAUAAAGACUUGUUUGUCUCUCUUUCUUUUUUCUAAAUAGCAGCUUCUAGGCUGCUGGUCUCUCAUUUCUUCCUCUGGUCUCAACCAGUUUCCUUUCCGAAGUCAAUCACAGUAAAGCAAUGAUUCUCUAUGAGAAUCAUUACUUCAGUACUACUAGAGACAGUAUGUUAAAGAUCUGGAGCAACGAUAGGCAUGUUGCCUUGUACACAAAUAGCUGCUGCAAACCGAAUCCCUGCCAGAGAUCAGUGGGCACAUUCUGGUCCUUUAUAACAUGACCCUAUAUAACAAUAUCUAAAGAAAUACAACAUUUUUCUUCUCGUUCCAGAGAUGUUGCCAAUAAUUGUCAUAAUAUUGCGGCAGUAUGUAGCAGGGAGGCAAAAAUGGAAACAAGGUUAAUCUGCAGAGCCUAAAAGGGUUAACUAGUUUAAAGUUUGACCUCUAAUAACAUGCUUUUUGAGAUGGAUAAAACUACAUUGGAACCUUAUUACAAUUACUGCUCUGCUUCCAAUAGCCCUAAACUAGAACCUGCUGUACAGGAGACAGUCCCUGGAACUGACUCAUAGAAGAUGCAAGUCAAAGCAUAAUAGCAUAAAAUCUGCAAGCAGACAGCUGUACAUCUAGUGAUAAUACUCACCACAUGUGUCCCUGGCUGUGUCCCUCCUCCAGGCUUCCUGUCUUCCAGCAGCUCAUCUCACAUUGCUCACAGUGGCUUAGCACGUCCUGAGAAGCAGAGGACAGUCUAGGUACACCAUGAGGGAAAAGAGAAUUUGGCAAAAAAUGCAGGCUUAAGGAACAGUAAUAACACUGUAUUCCUCACACUAUAGUGCUUCUGUCCUUACUUGUAGUCAGUCCACUCUGGGCAAAAAAUGAAGAACUACUUCCUUUUUACCAGUGCCAAGACUCCCUCGAUGCUGCUCCCAUUUCUGCCUCAGCGGCGGCACCUCCCCACGUUUUCCAAUCCAAUGCUACUCAAUGCUUGCCAUGCUCCUCUAUGAUCUAAUGCGCAAGCAUUCAAAUUUUCCCAUAGGAAAGCAUGGAAGCUUCUGCAUUACAUGACUGUUUUACUGACAACUACUAGAGAUGGACUUAGCCCUGCAAUGUAAACAUUGAUGUUCCUCAAAAACUGCAAUAUUUUACUUUGCAGGGUCAAGGGAACUGUGACAGUACACACAGACUACUUAAUUGAAAUGAAAUGGUCUGGGUGUCUAUUGUGUUCAUUUAUGCUGCAAAAAUGUUUUAUUUCUUGAAAACUAGAGAGAAUUGAGUAAUGACAAAACCAGCAUACAUCUGAGGUGCUUCUGGUGUCCUCUUAAUGCUGUUAUGGAACACUGGCAUGGCUAUUAACUAAAGUGAGAAUUCAAAUUGAAUUUCAAAUUUCACACCAAGGCAGCAGAACCAGGAUAGCUGAUUUUAAAUAUUUCUAGAUCUGUGAAUAACUGACUGUGUUGUUUCAUUAAAGGGUUUCUCCAACCCUUUUUAACUUAUGAUAGAAUAAUGUCCUAUUGGCAUUAUUCAAUUGGUCCCCCCGACAAAAAAAGGAGCAUUUUAAAAUCUAGUUUACUUAUCUUAAUCCAGUCCUAGGAAAAACCUCCAGGUGCUGCUCGGCACACCUCCGUCUUACGUCAUGGGAGCAGCGCCUAGGUCCAAUGAAUAGCUUCUCAUAGAGCGUCCUGAGCCAGCGGUGGGAGGGAAUGAAGGAGGAUUGAGUGUGGCAUUUUUUUUAAAAAAGGGGAUGAAAUUGGGGGGAG